AUGGUGUCUUUGGUUUUGUUUGUUCUUUUGAUGUUGUGCAACUCGCAUGGACUAGUGAGUUCAUUGAACGGUGAAGGGUAUGCCUUUUUGUCAUUUAAGCAAGCCAUUACACAAGACCCAGAAGGGUCUCUGAGUAACUGGAACUCUUCUGAUGAGAACCCUUAUGCGUGGAAUGGGGUCACAUGCAAGGAGCUUAGAGUUGUUUCACUCUGUAUUUCAAAGAAGAAACUUGCUGGGUUUCUUCCUUCUGCUCUUGGGUCCAUCUCUGGGCUUCGUCAUUUGAAUUUAAGGAAUAAUAAAUUGAAUGGAAGCUUGCCGGUUGAGCUUUUUGAAGCUCAGGGGCUACAAAGUUUGGUCCUUUAUGGAAAUUCCUUAUCUGGGUCUGUGUCAAAUGAGGUUGGGAAGCUCAAGUAUCUUCAAACUUUAGAUUUGUCUCAAAAUUUUCUUAAUGGGUCUAUUCCUGCAUCAAUUCUUCAGUGCAAGAGACUUAGAGCCCUUGAUAUUAGUCAGAACAAUUUCACUGGUUCUCUGCCAGAUGGGUUUGGAAAUGCAUUUGUUUCUCUGGAAAAGCUUGAUGUUUCCUUCAACAAGUUCAAUGGCUCAAUUCCUGGUGAUAUUGGAAAUUUGUCUAGCUUGCAGGGCACAGUUGAUUUGUCUCAUAAUCUUUUUUCUGGUUCCAUACCAGCUAGUCUUGGAAACCUUCCUGAGAAGGUCUAUAUUGAUCUCACUAAUAACAAUUUAAGCGGUCCAAUACCCCAAACUGGUGCUCUAAUGAACAGAGGUCCAACUACUUUUAUUGGGAAUCCUGGACUCUUUGGCCCCCCUUUGAAGAACCCAUGCUCUUCAGAAACUCCUGGUGCAAGUUCACCUUCCUCAUUUCCAUACCUGCCAGAUAAUUCUCCACCUCAGGAUUCUGAUUUUGGAAAGAGUGAAAAAGCCAAAGGUUUAAGUAAGGGUGCUGUGAUUGCUAUAAUAGCCUGUGAUAUAAUUGGUAUAUGCCUUGUUGGGCUGCUUUUCUCUUAUUGUUACACGAGGAUUUGUUCUUGUAGAGGUCGAAAGGAUGAACAUGGUCAUGGUUUUGGUAAGGGAGGGAAGGGAAGAAAGGAGUGCUUGUGCUUCAGGAAAGAUGAGUCUGAGACUCUAUCAGAAAAUGUAGAGCAGUAUGAUCUUGUGGUGUUGGAUACCCAGGUGGCUUUUGAUCUGGAUGAGCUUCUAAAGGCCUAUGCUUUUGUUCUUGGAAAGAGUGGAAUUGGGAUUGUUUAUAAAGUUGUUCUUGAAGAGGGACAAACAUUAGCCGUGAGAAGACUAGGGGAAGGAGGUUCCCAAAGGUUUAAGGAGUUUCAGAUAGAAGUAGAAGCAAUUGGGAAGCUAAGGCAUCCUAAUGUUGUAACUUUGAAAGCUUACUACUGGUCUGUAGAUGAGAAGCUGCUCAUAUAUGAUUACAUUUCCAAUGGAAAUCUUUCCACUGCAUUUCAUGGUAAGUUUCAGCAUAUCCCAUUAUCUGACUUGUGCUCAUGA